AUGUUCCGCUCUUCUCCCCUUCUGGGCCUUGCGCUCACCACACUCUCUGUCGUUGGUGCCAAUGAUCUGCCUGCCGUGUUGACAGAAGAUAUUAUCCAAGGGCUGGGCAACAACAGCCUCUUCACAAGAUGGCGCCCAAGCUACCAUUUCACCGGACCUGCUGGAUGGCUGAAUGACCCAUGCGGCAUGAUGUACGAUCCUCACACAAAGACAUACCAUCUUCACUACCAGUGGUACCCGAACCACAUCAACUGGGGCAACAUUUCUUGGGGCCACGCCACUUCCAAGGAUAUGAUCACGUGGACCGAUGUCAGAGGCUGGAAGAAUGGCGAAGCCCAGUCUCUUGGUACUGGGCCUGAGCCCACUUCCAGAAACACAAGCUACUACGGUUUGGGCAUCUUUUCCGGCAGCGGCCAGCCCUACAACCUGCAGGGUGAGCAGGAUGGCACACUCAUCAACUUUUACACUUCUGUGCGCUACCUGCCCACCAACUGGGCUCUCCCAUACAUCAACGGCACUGAAAGCCAGAGCAUUGCCAUCUCCAAAGACGGCGGUGAGACUUGGGAGCAAUAUGCCGGCAACCCCAUUUUGAGCCACCCACCAGAGGGCUGGAACAUCACCGGAUGGCGUGAUCCUUUUGUCGAGCCCUGGCCAGAAAUGGACGCUCUGCUUGGAAAGGAGGAGCCGCACUGGUACAUGGUUCUGGGCUCUGGUAUCAAGGGAAAGGACGGAGGUGGCCGCAUUCCCUUCUACAGCGCACCCGCAAAGAACCUGACUGAUUGGACUUUCAUGGGCGCCUUGUGGGAGCCUAAGAGCAACGAAACUCUCGGCUCUCUGCUCGAGACCGGAACGUACGGCUUCAACUUUGAGGUAUCAAACUUCUUCUCCCUGGCCGACGAGGAUGAUGAUGUCCACUACUACGUGCUCAUGGGCACUGAGGGUGGCAACCUGACUUGGCAUCCCCGUGCGCAAUGGGGUCUCUGGAACGAGGGACAGGUCAACAAGCGCGAGAACGGCUCGGUUGAGUUUACUCCCCUUGCUGGCGGUGCCAUCGACUCUGGACUGCUUUACGCCGUGACCAGUUUCCUGGACACCAAGAACAACCGCCGCAUUCAAUGGGGCUGGGCCAACGAGGAGAACAACAACUAUGCCCUUACCCAGCAAGGCUACCAAGGUGCCAUGGCCAUUCCCCGAGAGAUGUACGUCAUCAAGACUCGCAACUUGGUCAACAACAACACACAGUUGAGCACCAAGGGCAACACCCGCCUCGUUGAGCAUGCAGACGGUACUUUUACCGGAUACACGCUGGGCGCUCGACCUCUGCCCGAGAUUGUCGAGGCUCUCCACAAGUCGCAGCCCCAAGUGGUUGACUGCAACAACACCAAGACUGCUUCUGGCAACGGCACCAGCCACAUGCAUCUCAAGGUGACGCUUUCCGACUUCACCGGCUCCGCUGGCGUGGUGAUUGCGCAGUCGCCCAACCACGAGGAGCAAACAGUCAUCUCGUACAACCCCAGCAACUACACCAUCAGCGUCGACCGCUCGCGCUCCUCGUCCAUCGCCCAGUUUGCAAACUACACCAUGCUGGGCUACUACCACCCCUACAAGUUUGCCAACGGCACCACGGAGCCGCUGCACAUGGACAUUUUCGUCGACGGCUCGCUCGUCGAGGUCCAUGUCAACGACCGCUUCUGGCUCACGACCCGCAUCUACCCUGCUCGCACCGAUAGCACGGGCUUUGGCCUUUGGGUCCAAGAGGGCGCAAGCGUCAAAUCUGCAGACUUCCAUGUCUGGAACAUUGACAUGAACAUCUUCCCGGAGAGGCCUGCGGAUUCCAGCAGCGAGCUUGUGUGGGACUCGGCUGAGGAGACCAACAAUUACGUCUGGUGGACUGGAAACUAAGACGACGACGACGACUUGUUGUGUCUGUUUAAAAUUUCUAUAACGUCAAAGUAUAGCGAGUGGCUCAGUAUAGCGAGUGGCUCACAGCGCCAAG